CAGUAGUGUACUGUUAACAGUUCUCGUGUGUUACCGUUGACGCCAGUGUAGUUGUGAGUAGUGUACUGUUAACAGUUCUCGUGUGUUACCGUUGACGCCAGUGUAGUUGUGAGUAGUGUACUGUGAACAGUUCUCGUGUUACCGUUGACGCUAGUAUAGUUGUGAGUAGUGUACUGUUAACAGUUUUCGUGUCACCGUUGACGCCAGUGUAGUUGUCAGUAGUGUACUGUUAACAGUUCUCGUGUGUGUGAAGUGUCUUGCUUUUGGUUUUACCAGGAUGUAUUGAUAUUAUCUGUUGUGAACAGUGUUCAUGGUGUCCCGGAGGUAGUGACCAUUGAGUGACCACGAGGCCUUGACCUGUGUGUGACACUUGGCCACAUUCACAGUGUGUCCUGCUGUGAUGUGAUACGUGAUUAAAGACAAACUUUCCUCAACAACUCUCCAGCCUACAGCUUCUGGUAAACCAGCGAGCGUUAAGCUUUUGUUAAAGCAAGCAGCAAAAAGCGCUCGGUUAAAGAGGGAGUUUAGAGCUGGUGGCACUUCAGACAUCCUCAGGUUAUCAUCGUCUACCAAAAAGAGUGGAAAUAUUGUUAAGAGCAACAGCAGUAUCUGAUGAGUACAGCAGCUGUAGCAAGACCAGGCGACAGGGCAGUGCCUGAGAACAGCAGCAGCAUCACAGGAAGAAGCUGCACAUCCAUAAGUACUCUACAGCAGCAGCAGUUGUGGCCAGAGCCAAAGAUGAGUCAACACCACCACAAUGGCCACAGGAAACAAUACAACAAGAAAGUCAGGAUUAACAGGGCGAGGAAGAGGCAGAGUUUGGUGACGACUUCUGCUGUGUUGCGGCUGUUUAUUGUGAUGGCUGCUACGGUGUCUCUUGUCCACACCCUGGCUCUCCCGGCCCCUGCUGACACCCUGCCUCUCCAGGCACCUGCUGAUACCCUGCCUCUCCCGGCCCCUGCUGACUCCCUGCCUCUCCAGGCACCUGCUGAUACCCUGCCUCUCCCGGCCUCUGCUAACACUCUGCCUCUCCCGGCCCCUGCUGACACUCUGGCUCUCCAGGCCCCUGCUGACACCCUGCCUCUCCAAGCCCCUGGUGACACCCGGCCUCUUCAGGCCCCAGCUGACACCCUACUUGCUGACACUGUGCUUGUUAAUAUGGUGCCUGAUGGCACAGUACCUGCUGACAUGGUAACUGUUGACAUGGAGUUAGUUGACAUGAUUCCUACUAACACUCUGCCUGUUGGCAUGGUGCUUGCUGAUAUUCUGCCGGUUGAAAAGUUAUCUACUGGCACUCUGCCUGCUGACAUGGUACCUGCUGAUCCAUCAUCUGCUGACUCAUCGCCUGCUGAUCCAUCAUCUGGUGACUCAUCACCUGGUGAUCCAUCAUUUGCUAACCUAUCACCUGCUGAUCCAUCACCUGCUGACCGGACAACUGCCUACCUGUUUCCAUCUACUCUGUCCUCAACUUAUCCAACUCGUCAAGGUAUGUGUUAUCAUGUUAUGAACAAGGCUGUUCUUCAUAAUUUAAAAUAACAAUGGUUCAUUAACGUAGGUGAAAUUGCACACCAGAUGAGAACAGAUUACUUACAAAAGCAUAUAUGGCAUGUUAAAUAUGCAAAUGAAAGUUUAUGAUUAAUUAAGUAAACAGUCGGCAUAUGCAAAUUGACCAGUAGGCAUGUAAUGUGUUAAGCUUACAUGGGGAAUUGAAUGUUUUAGUUAAUUCUUAUUCGUGCUGGCAGCAUUUUGAAAUGUUAGUACCUAAUUUGGAAUAACAUACAAAUCCUGUUAUAUGUCUAUGUAAUAACGUAUCAAGACACUAGGCUAAUGGCUUGAUAUGUUUCAUGCAUUAGGUUGUAGUUUCUCUUGUGAUUCACAGACAUUAGUGUAAUAGAUCAUAAGCAGUUUGUAAGCAUAGUUACCAUACUUUAAGAGUUAUAAAGUAAUUGAACAGAGGUGCGCUAUGUCCAUAUAGCUUUAAUUUAAUGGUCGACAGAGAGUUGUCAUGAAAUUUCAUACACCAGCUGAAGCUGCAAUUCUGCUACAUUUCCAGCUGUGGUUUAAAGGGACGGAUGUAUACCACUGAUUUCAGAAAUAUUUUACUUUGUAACGGGUUUUUCGUGGGUGCCAAUAUACUACAUACCAGGAGAUGUUUCAUUGUUAUUAGGUAUAUAUAAUACAUGCUAUGUUACCUGUUAUUUUAGCUACACGUGUCUGUUAAAGUAUACUUGGCUACACGGAGUGAGAAAGCUAGCAACUUUACUGCCUCCCAGAGUUAAAAGUCAGUUUGUCUAUAGAAGUAGUAAAUAUAGAACAUGUACUACUGGGCAACUACUCCAACAAUUAAUUACCCUUUUUACCUUUAAGUUAAAUAAUUGUUUUAGGGUCAAGUAUUCAAUAAGUGGGUUACAAUAUAAGAUAAAAAUAUUUCCACUGUUUUAUAUAAAGUAAUAAAAAUUUUAUUGUCAAUAAAAAUUUGAGAAACCACAUAAGUGACAAAAAUCUUGUAAACUCUUUCUAUAAGUUUCUAAUGAGGAUAAGAUUUUUCCACAUGGUAGGGAGAAAUAACAGGUAGAGUAAGCUUUACCAUUAAAUAAUAUCAACACAAUAGAAUAUCUUGAAUUUGGAUAUUUUAACACUGUGAACGAUUGCCUAGUUAAUAAAAUAAAGUCAACAAUUGAAUCACGACAAACACGAUUUGUAUUAUUUGAAAUUUAAAACAGUCUUAUCUUUCCACAUUUGACACAGUUCAAUGCUGCACAAUAAUUCAAUCCAUCCUCCAAAUUGACAGUACGAUUUAAUACCAAGUGUAAUAAGUACACUUUCUUACUGUCAUAAACAGUACAUAAUUGCACAUAUGGGGCUGUUACAUUUACCCAACUCCCUCCCUUGAUUUAAUUUUCCUCGUUUUCUGUUCAGACACUCAAAAUUUUAGGAUGAAGAUUUCAACUUCAAUUUGUUAUACACAAGUUUUAAAUAUCAGGAAUUUCUUUUUCAGGUUUAUUAAACAAUAUAGAUUUUAUACAAAAUUUUAAAAUAUCCUGAGUUACUUUACAAUUUAUUGAUAUAUUUUAG